AUGGCUGAUGAUUUGAAUAUAUAUCCUUCCAAGGGUUUUACAACCUCUGACGACUUUUCACUGGACUCUAAUUCUGGUUUAAAGAGUGCAAAGGGAAUAGAUAGAUUGGAUUCUGUUAGGGACAAAGUAGAUGAUGUCUCUACAGCUAGGGCAGCUUUGGAUAAUAUAGAAGCAGGUUCAUUUGGUGUAACGAAUCCGUCAACGGUUAAUGCAAUAAUAGAAAAUAAAGAGUAUUCUCCAAAAACCAGAUUGACGCUAUGGCACGCUUUGUCACCAACCGACUAUAUGGAUUUGUUCACAUCAGUUGGUGUUAGUAAUACUUCUUGCCUAAUUAGUGCUGAAUCACUUAUUGUUUAUGUUUGCUGCAUAGCGGAGAAGGAGGGUUACUCGCUAUUGGAUCUUGCUUCAUCUUCACAAACACUGCAAUUUAUUUACAGAGUUGAAAAAUUCCUAAAGAGUUUUUCCGAUUUUGGUGCGACCUUUAACUUAGUAUUUUUUGACGUCUUUGAAAAGAUUUUUUCACCGUCAUUUGUUACAUCGGAUGAAUCUGAUGAUGAGAAAUUUUUUGAUGGAUACCUUCUUUUGAGGAGUAUACUGCUUUCUCACGCCAAAUUAAACAAUAUACAUCAUACGCAAUAUAACGAUUGGUUCACUGAUAAGAGAUGGUUUACUUAUCUGGCUGAAAAUGAGCCAACUUGCAUAUUUAUAGAAGAUGGCUCAUCAUUUUUUUAUAUUUAUAACCAGAUAUAUGAACUGGUAAAUAGCCCAGGAAAAAAAGGUACCAAAGCGAAUAGCGGAAACCUUAACAUAUAUGCUGAGUAUUUGUCGCUACAGUCUAAAAUAGACAGAUAUUCCAACGCAGUUCAGACUCUAAUAUCAUUGUGUUUGUCACAUAACUUAUCAGUCGUUUACCUGUUUGACAUUGGUAAACAUUCGCAUGAUUUUCAAGCAUUUAUUUCUUUCGCAUCCAGUACGAAUAUUUCUCCCUCAUUACAUGAAGAGGUCUCAGGACUGUUCAUAAAAGAGUAUCGAUUGCAUGAUGCAUCAAGCCCAUCUAAUGCAGUUGUUGUUGAACUAUUAAAGACAUUAACUGAGUUUUCCAUUGAGAAUCCAGGUCUACGUGAUCUAAUUGCAUGCAAUUACAUUUUGCAGUUGAAGCAAAUGUUUUCUGAAAUUGACACAAGUACUUUGGAUGACGAGCUCCUUCUAAAUGUAAACAGUUUUCUGCUGACUUUCAAGGUGUUUCUUCUUCACAACUAUUUGGUGGAUAUUUUGCCAUUAAAAGAUCGUUCAACUAAGCCUGUAGAUACUAGUGAUUGGGAAUUCUUUCAGUUAAAUGUGGCUGCAUCUUUGGAUUUUAUGUCUUCUAUCACAAUUCCCAUCUUGAACGAUGUUUCAAAGACGGAUUAUUCGAUUAAAAAUUGCAGUAGAGAUAUUUGCGAUUUGUUUGAUGGAAAUCUCUUUGUAACAAUACUUUAUUUUAUCAUUACUUAUGGUAAGGAUAAUGGAGACGUUGUGGAUGGAACAUUUCUGUCACUACCUGCCCAUGUAACAGAUUCCUUUAACAAAUUUUGUUCCUAUUUAAGUUUGGGCGGUCCUUCUACAUUUUAUCCAAUUGAUCUCUCCUGUUUUAAAAAUUUUGGAAUAUAUGAUAUUUUGGAUCGUAAAGAUGUCGCUGAACCUCAGGGUGCACAUAAAGUAAAAUUGGUGAAACUAAAUAACCCAUUUAUAAAUCUAUUUUUUAAUAUGAAGAAUCUUGAUGAAAGUUCAGUCGAAUGGCAUGCCCCAAAGAAUGAUAAUUUACUCUUUUCUUUCGAUAAACUGGGCUGGCGUGAUCCCUCUAGUAUAUCGGAACGGAUUGAAUCAAUUGAUUUUCAUUUACACUCCGAUGUAAAAGAAAAACAAGCAGAUUUUCACAAGAGUUCUUUCAGUCAAAGGCGUAGUUUACAGCACCAGACAACCUUUUCCUUUCUUCUUUCAAAAUAUCUCGGAUCACAAAACCUUCAUCAUCCUAUAAUAACUAAACUUGAACAUCAUUGGUUGGAUGUAAAACUUCAAAAUCUGUUAAGCCUAUCUGAUAACACAACACAAGCUUCAUCACAAACUACUACAGCAGGAUCUAGUAGCAAAGCAAAAUUACAAAAAUCUAAGGAAAAGGCAAAAAAAGUAUCUGCAAAGGCUGAACAAUUACGCCAGAAACAUAACGAGGCACAGGAAAGUAAAAAGAUAGAGAGCGAUACAAAUGUUUUGUCAAGACUAGAAGCUCGUUUGCCAUCUCUAUUUUCGAAUGAAAACAGCUUUGAAAAAAUAAAUGAGAAUAUACUCGAUUUUACGGAUGGACAAAAUAGACAGGUGGAUUUAAUAUACGAUUUUAAAUGGGUAAAAAGUGUUAUAUCUACAAAGCAGGUACAGCUACAGUUCUUAUUUAGGAUGAUUGAGUGUCUACAUACAGCUUUCAAUGGAUAUAGACUGAAGAUAAUAAGAUCCAAAUCAGAAAGAAGUGGACUAAGGAAAAUGAUAUGCUUGACAAGUAGAUUGAUUUUAGUCUGCUUUAAUGAAUAUAAACAACUGGCUACUUCAGAACAUAUUACUCUUUUGCAAACGUUCCUCAUGAAAUUGGGCAUGGAUAAUUUUGCUAAAAAUAUGUUUGAUCAGUGGGUAUUGGUACAAAAGGAUGAUUCACAAAAGGCACCUGAAAAGGAUAAAAAGUCAAAGAGUCGUUCUUCUAAGGCUAACAAUGAUCUGUCUAAAUUCAGGGUUGACAAAGUUGAGAGAUAUGAUUUUGCAAUACCCGUGGGUAAGGAAGCUGAAUUUCAACUUGCAUACAUGGGUGAUCUAAUGGAACGCACAUUGGGUUCGACUACAGAUCCUCGUGUUUUAUUUAAACCAGAUGCAUGGCAACGUGUUUUGUUAGAUGUAGUUGAUGCAAGAGAAUCUGCUUUGGUGGUAGCUCCCACGUCAACCGGAAAGACUUACAUUUGCUAUUAUGCUAUGGAACAAGUCCUACGUUUGGAUGAUGAUGGUAUUGUUAUUUAUGUUUCUCCAAAUAAUGCUCUAGCAUUGCAAGUAACAUACGAAGUUACUGCCAGAUUUGCAUCAAAAACAUAUGGAACGUCUUCGUCAUGUGCUUCUGUACUUAGUGCUUCGUUUUUAGAAAAGUUUCAUGAUCCAAAAUGGAACAGUGCACAGAUCUUGAUAACGGUUCCUUCUAUACUGGAGAAAUUGUUGAUUGCUAUGCGUAGUUCUGAGCGCAAUUUUAUGAAACGCAUAGAAUAUAUAAUUUUUGAUGAAAUCCACUGUAUUUCUGAUAAAGAAAUGGGUCCAUUUUUGGAAAGAACAUUGCAUCUAUCUCCAUGUCCAUUCUUGGCUUUAUCUGCUACCGUAGGAAAUCCUCUACAAUUCCACCAAUGGUUAUCUCAGAUUGAAAAAACAAGGCGUGGUUUCCCAGAUCCUGUCGUCCACUACAUAUCAUUUGAUGAGCGCUUCUCUGAUCUAAAGUUGGAACUAUAUAACGAUAAAUCGUUUACACCAUUAAAUCCGGCAUCAUGUUUAUCAUAUUAUAAUAUUACAACUUCUGGGUUCCCCUCAGAUUUAUUUUUACCUCCAAAAGAUUGCUACAUCUUUAUUUCAUCCAUAAUGGCUAUUUCCAAAGGAUAUGCUAGGGAUUUCGAGUAUUUGAUACCGUCUAAUUACUUUGACGGAUGUACACUGAUUACAAAGCGUCAGUACCGCUAUUACUUGGCAACACUUAAACAUGAAGUUUCACUCCAAAUACAGAAGGGGGCCAUAACGGAAGAAGACUUUUCGUAUAUUAUAUCAACAAUCAACUCUUUCAAUGUUAGCAAAGAAUUUGAUGAAGAUAAUAUAUAUAAACUAUAUCCUUUAUUGCAUGUAGAACCUGCAUCUGGAUUAUCCCCUUCCCCGCUAAGUCUAUUGUGCAAUGCACAGCAUGAUUACUUGAUGGCCAAUGAAUUUUUGCAAAUGUUGAAUAACCUUGAGCAGAAAAAGAGACUUCCUUGUCUAGUAUUUAUUUUUGAUCGUAAUCAUAUGAAUCACGUUUUAAUGAGCACUGUUCAACUGUUGCGUAGGAAACAAUGGGAAAAGUACUAUGGCACACCAGAGGCAGCAGCAGCUACCAAGUUACAGAAUAAACAGAGACAGGAUAGGUACCAAAUGUUGAUGCGCCAGUAUGAAGCUGAGCGCAAAAUGAGGGGUGCCUCAAGAGAACAAAAGGAAGAGUUGGGCUUAACAGGUUCUGUCGGAGAAACCAUGGAAAUGCCAGAAGAGCCCGUGGAUGUUGCAGAAGAUUAUGAUCCAGAGUUUAACUUUUACAACCGCAAGAUCUAUGUGAACUAUACCGAUGAAGUAGAAAAGUUUAUAAACAUAGCGGCAAUGUCCAUAGCAAAUAGGCGUGGAGCAGACUUAUUUAUAGAGGGACUUAGACGUGGUAUAGGUAUUCAUCAUGAAGGUUUACCUCAUAAGUUUACAAUGUUGACUGAAACUUUACUCCGCUUGGGUUUCCUAAAUGUAAUCAUAUCUAGCAAAAGUCUAGCCUUUGGAAUUAAUGUCCCAUGUAAAAGUGUUGUAUUCGCUGGAGAUAAUUACGAAUUAACACCCCUCAUGUUUAAACAAAUGAGUGGUCGUUGUGGACGUCGCGGCUUUGAUUUAAGUGGUCACGUUGUUUUCUGGUGCAUUCCUCAAAAGAGAAUAAAGCAGCUUUUGUUGGCUCAACUUUCGAAUUUAACUGGAUCAUUGUCAACAACACCAACUACAGUCUUAUCAUCUCUUUCUGCAUUUAAUUCACUGAUAAUUGCUGCUAAUUCGAGAACAGCUGCUCCAUUGAAUACGAGUAAGGCCAGUUCUGCUGACGCUCGCGUAAGGAUGACGGAGAUUCUAUCAAAGUCAAGGGAAGCGGUAAUAGAACCUAAGAUAAUAGCAAAGAGACUUUCUUCGAUAUUUUUGAAGCCUCUACAAGCGCAAUUUUCUACGGGCAAAGACUCUUUAUUUGAUAAGAUAAAGUACAGAAUAUCUGCUGAAAUAUUGGUAGAUCUAGGGUUGAUCGACUCUCAGGGAUUGGUAAAAGGAUGUUGCGAACUUUCUAUAAUAACCAGAGAGAUGCAUCCAUCAAACCUGUUCUUGUCCUCGAUUACCCAAACUGGAACUUUGCACAAAUUACUUGAAGGUGCAAGUGAUUCUCCAUAUACAUUUUUACAAAAUAUGGCGCAUAUCAUACAUAGGAAAACAGAGAUGGGAUCUGUUUUGUUGUUACGUAGGAUUUUGUCUCCGGGAAUUAGGGUUGGGUCAAAACUUAUGCCGCCGCUUUCAUCGAAUAUUGAUGUGGAAGACAUACCAAACACUUAUGAUGUUGCAUUUCCAGAUUCAUUCCCAUUGCUACCGGAAUCUACAUCUCUAAAAGAACUGGUAUCCGAAUAUAAUUCAAUGGUUUUGGAUAUAGUAACAAAAUAUAUCUCAUUGUUAAAGGCUGUACCUCUAGAAUUGCCCCUCACUAGCGUAUCCUUCGAUCUAGGAUCAGGUACUGAUGAAAACUCAUGGUUCCAUGACAACUAUAAAAAGAGAUACAAUCACAGUAGCUAUAGGGCACCAUUUGUAGCUAUUGGUGGUAAGGGUAACCAAUCAUUUGGUUGGGCCCAUGAACUAUGGCUUUGUUCCAACAGUGCGGAAGAGAUUACUGUAGAUAUGAUUCCCACCCUGGAAUCUAACAGUGUUACGAUUACCCAAUUAGAUGCAAAGUAUAAUGUAAUAAAAUCCUUUGACGUAAAAAUGGAUAAUUCUUACAUUUGUGAUUACUGGACACACGGACGAUUCUCCUGUUUGAGAGAUUCAAACGGUCUAGGACAGUAUGGCUGGUACUACCUAAAGAGGUUAAUUACAUUCCUUCAUCACUUCAAAUAUGUUACUAAAACAUAUACAAACAGUCUUUUAAUCGCCGAUCCUGUUCACGAAGCGAUAUUGCAGUCACUUGCCAGACUAGAACCAAUGUUCAACAGAAUUUAA